UGAAUAUUAUGCCCCUAUAUAAUAGGCUUUUUUGUCUAAACGAUUUGCUUUGAACACUUCAAGUCAUCCCGGGAAUUAAAAAAAAUAUGUUGUUUUUCUCUCAGCAACUUUAUUGCAGUGAUUGAGCUCGAUUCGAUUGUGAUGGAAUUUUCUAUUUGAAAGGUUAGGAAAAUAGCAAGAAAUAUGGUUAACCCAUGGACUCUCCACUUUAGGAGCAGUCGGGAUUGGGAACGGGAACAGAACCAAAGCUAAUGUUUCCUCCUCCAGCAUCAUCCCAGCAACGCCCUGCAUCCAUCCCUAGCCAGCGUGCGGUGCGCGCCCCGCAGACGCACUGAGCGGCUAAAGAGGAACGCGGCGGCUGCUCCGUCAGGCUGCAGCUGGUGUUGCUGAGACAUUUGCAGCAGGAGGCGUCUGUCCGAUCCGGCGCUGUCGCUCUGAUCCCAGAUACCAGCAGGGGGGGACUGGUUGGUUGGAGACAGUCAUGCACGUCGAAGCUCGGGAUGUUUUUGGACGCAGUUCAUGAGUGGAGUAAUCUUUCGGAGGAGGGGGUGGAAUAAUAUUAAUAACAAAAAAAAAAAAAAAACAUGAUCUGCACUCCGCUGCCCUGACGAGUCUCUGGGAUGCAGUCCUAGUUUGAGGCCGGGCCGGACAUGAUUUUAAUCUCAGGGGCUGCUGCUGCUGCUGCUGCUGCUGUAGAGGAUGCGGGAUGAUGAGCGCCGCACCCCGAGAGAUGCUGAUGAGGAUAAUACUGCUCGGUCCUUUAUUGCCCCGAAAUCAAUCCGGGUUGUAGCUGGACUGUGGUACACUCUGUGAAGAUCUUGUUUGUUUUGGUUGUUUAUUUAUUUUUUAUUAUUUAUUUAUUUAUUUUAUUAUUCCCGUCCGGGACUGCCGGAGAUCUGAUGCUGAAGGACUGGGCUGGUUUAUCCGAAGAGAUCAACUGAACACCAGGACUGAGCUGCUCACCUGGUCCUUUCAAGACACUGUAUAAUAACCUUUCAGGAUGGCUGAGAAAACCCUGGACCCUAGCUCGGUCAGCAUUCCCAUGGAAGAGACCAAGCUCCCUGGAGGAGCCCCCCCGGAGGCGCCGCUGCUCACCCACCUGAAGAAGGUGGAGAACCACAUCACUGAGGCUCAGCGCUUCUCCCACCUCCCGCGGCGCUCCGCUGUGGACCUGGAGUUCAACGAGGUGUCCUAUACCAUCCGGGAAGGCCCCUGGUGGAAGAGGAGAGGCUACAAAGCUCUCCUCAAGUGUCUGUCGGGAAGAUUCUGCAGCAGAGAACUGAUUGGUAUCAUGGGACCCUCUGGAGCUGGGAAAUCCACUUUGAUGAAUAUUCUGGCAGGUUACAGGGAAACUGGCAUGAAGGGCACCAUCCUGGUGAACGGUCGGCCGAGGGACCUGAGGACCUUCAGGAAGAUGUCCUGCUACAUCAUGCAGGACGACAUGCUGCUGCCGCACCUCACUGCUAGGGAGGCCAUGAUGGUUUCCGCCCAUCUGAAGCUGAACGAGUCGGUGCAGGUCAAAACAGAACUUGUGGAUGAGAUCCUGACAGCCCUGGGUCUUCAGGAAUGUGCUCAGACACGCACCAACGCUCUAUCCGGGGGUCAGUGUAAAAGACUGGCCAUCGCUUUAGAACUGGUCAAUAAUCCACCAGUCAUGUUUUUCGAUGAGCCCACCAGCGGGUUGGACAGCGCAUCAUGCUUCCAGGUCGUUUCACUCAUGAAGUCUCUGGCUCAGGGAGGACGGACAAUCAUCUGCACCAUUCAUCAGCCCAGUGCCAAGCUCUUUGAGAUGUUUGAUAAGCUGUACAUCCUCAGUCAGGGUCAGUGCAUUUACAAGGGAACGGUCCCUUAUCUCAUCCCUUAUCUGAAGAACCUGAACCUUCACUGUCCAACAUAUCACAAUCCUGCUGAUUUCAUCAUCGAGGUGGCGUCAGGGGAGUACGGCGACCUGAACCCAGUGCUGUUUGAGGCGGUGCAGGGUGGACUGUGUUCAGAGGAGGGCAAGAAGAACUCUAGAGACAAAAGCGACGCCUCCUGUCCGUCGCAGUGUCACAGUGACACCGGAACCCUGGAGAAGCACAGCUUUGCCACAAGUACAUUCACACAGUUCUGCAUCCUCUUCAAAAGAACCUUUGUCACGAUAUGCAGGGAUACGGUGCUGACCCACCUCAGAGUGAUGUCCCAUCUGUUCAUUGGAGUGCUCAUUGGCCUGCUUUAUCUCAAAAUCGGAAAUGAUGCCAGCAAAGUCUUCAACAACACCGGCUUCCUCUUCUUCUCCAUGCUGUUCCUCAUGUUUGCCGCCCUAAUGCCCACAGUGCUAACCUUUCCCCUGGAGAUGUCCGUCUUUCUGAGAGAACAUCUCAACUACUGGUACAGCCUUAAGGCAUACUACCUGGCCAAAACCAUGGCUGACAUACCGUUCCAAGUGAUCUGUCCAAUAAUGUACUGUAGUAUAGUGUACUGGAUGACAGAACAACCUCCAGAGGCGGGUCGCUACCUGCUUUUCAUGGCUUUGUCAACAUCCACAGCCUUGGUAGCCCAGUCCCUAGGACUGCUAAUAGGCGCUGCAUCCACAUCUCUGCAGGUAGCAACGUUUGUCGGUCCAGUCACAGCCAUUCCGGUGCUCCUCUUCUCUGGCUUUUUUGUCAACUUUGACACAAUUCCUAAAUACCUUCAGUGGAGUUCCUAUGUCUCCUAUGUCAGAUAUGGCUUUGAGGGGGUGAUCCUUUCCAUCUACGGGAUGAACCGGUCGGAACUUCAAUGUCCGGAUGUUAUGAUGUGUAAAUUUCAAAAGCCGGAGGAGGUUCUGCAGCUGCUGGACGUAGAGGACGCAAAGCUCUACGUUGACUUCAUGGUGCUGGGUUUUUUUUUCCUGAUCCUCAGACUGGCCACCUACCUGGUUCUCCGCUACAAAGUCAAGUCAGAGCGUUAAGAUGUCACAUGGAUGCUCAUGCAUAUCCCAAGAGUGUAAUGAAACAUAUAGUCCUCCUCUCUCUCACGCUACUUUACCUUCACAUAGACUGAAAGACAAAUCCUCAGAAAACUGUGCUGCAGCAUUACCCAAACUGUACAGUAUGACAAGGAUGGAAGAUGCUUGGACUGUGAAAUAUCUCUCUAUAUCCUAAGCCCGUUACAAAGUGGUGGUCUUUCUCAGACCUUAAAUCCCCCCGGCCCACCCCAAAAAAUCCCAAUGGGACAAAUGCCCAACAAACCGAAGCAUGUUUCAGUAACGCAAGAAAGUUCAAUUUUUCUAUCUCGGCACCAAGGAAAUUGUGACAUGAUUAAGAAGCUAAAACUUCAAGGUAACAAAAAAAAAAAAAAAAAAACAUGCUUACCCUCCUGGGACAAGAAAGUUUAGUGACUUGUAUUAAUUCAGUGCCUAAAAGGUAACUCAGUCCACAUCAUAAUCACUUUGACCGACAUGCAAUCAGUCAAGUGGAUCAGCAAGAAGGAGCUCAGAUCAGAUUCCUUCUCAUUCCUGUCAGACAAUUGCAAACUUUCCACGGGAGGAAACAUUUGCGUGUCUUAUACUUCUCUUUUGGGACAAUCUUUUCAAAUACCUGUACCAAGACACUGAAAAUGCUGACUUCUGCCAUUGGAUGACUGACUUUGCUUUCCAUUGUAGAGCAUUUUCACGGGCCUUCUGCCCUACCACAGAUGGUGGUGGAGCAUUAAUCCUGGAUGAAGUGUUUGUGAAAUGCGUGUCUUAUGUAAAAGACUGAUCUAGAUUCAACAUGCGUCCAGCUCUAAGAGUCCCUACUUUUUCCCUAUUGUUUCUUUUUGCCAUAACAAAGGAAGCAUUGACUGAGCUGGGAGCCAAAUCAGAAAAAGUGAGUUUCCAACCAAAUUCAAAGGACCUGAGUGAAUGAUUCUUUAGACAAAGUGAGAACGUUUAAACUACAGGCAAAGACACGACAUUUGUCCAUUCAGUCGCACAGUUUUGACACCUCUCUUCUUUAAAAUGCUUGUUUCCACUCGUUGUAUGCAUCUCUUCCCCCAUCUCCAAAACGAAAAGUAACUCCUUGUGUCCUUUCUUCAUCUUUCUUUCUGCUUUGCUGAUAAAUGAAAAAAAAAA